CCUAUGACAAGAGUCUGCGAAAAUCUUGAGUAGGUUAUGCGCCAGAGGACUGAAUUUCUUUCAUAUUCUUCAUAGCUCGGAUGCAUGUAGCCUAGAACGUCAAUUUUCUUUAGUAUCACAGCGGUUUCCGACCGUUUAAAUAAAGCUGAGGGAGGGGAAAGACUUGCAAAAAAUAACUUAUGUAAAAUGUGAGGUUCGUACCGCGUCCUCCAAACGCACUUCCCAGACUACGUGCGCGCACUGGGAUACGGAUAACUUUAAAUCUCUUGGAAUUCAAGUUCAUCAUCAUGGUCAAAGUGGAUUACAAAAUCCAAUGCAUUUUGUUUCUCGUCACCUUUUAUGUGCAAGAAAGCUUUUUAAAUGAAUAUGAUUCACACCUGGGAGCAAGAGACAUUCUAUUACAGAGAGCCAAACGGCAGAGCAAGCCAUCCAAACCAGCGCUCAAGGUGACAGACUACCAUGUGAGGUGUUCCGUGGUAUCUCGCUAUGCCAUCACCACGGUCCACAGCUCCGUUUGGAACCAGCUCCCUGGCACUAAGGAAGCUGCCUUCGAGGUGGACCUGCCCUCUUCGGCUUUCAUCUCCAACUUCACCAUCACCUCCAAUGGCAAGGUGUAUGUCGCCCAGGUGCAGGAAAGGAGCGCUGCAAGGAAGAUUUACGACGCUGCCAAGAAGCGAGGGAAAACUGCCGGACUCGUUGCCACAAAGGAGAGGGAGAUUGAGAAGUUCCGUGUGGCGGUGAGCGUGCCCGCGGGGGCCCGUAUGUCCUUCUCCCUGUCCUACGAGGAGCUGCUCCCUCGCAGACUGGGUCACUAUGAGCUCUCCCUGGGCCUCCGUCCUGGCCAGCCUGUCCAGAACCUCAGCCUGGAGGUCAGCAUAGCAGAGAGGACGGGCAUCAGCUUCCUCAAGGUCCUACCGCUCAAGACCAGCCGGCUGCUCUCCAACACUGUACAAGGUGAAGCCCAGGCUCCGGCCUCCACCCAGGUGGAGCAGAACCAGGGCUGCGCCAGGGUACAAUACAGUCCCACCCUGCGGCAGCAGAACAGCAUCUCCUCCAAAGGCCUCAAUGUUGACUUUAUCAUCCAGUAUGACGUGGAGCUCAGAGACCUGAUGGGAGACAUCCAGGUGUAUGAUGGCUACUUUGUGCAUUACUUUGCACCUCGGGGCCUCCCUGUUGUUCCCAAGGAUGUCAUCUUUGUCAUCGAUGUCAGCGGAUCCAUGAUCGGCACCAAGAUCAAACAGACCAAGCAGGCCAUGGCUACCAUCCUGGGGGACCUGCGAGAGGGGGACCACUUCAACAUCAUCACCUUCUCAGACAAAGUGCACACGUGGAAGAAGGGGCGCACUGUGAGGGCCACGCGUCAGAACAUACGAGACGCCAAAGACUUCAUCAAGAGGAUCAUCGCUGAGGGCUGGACCAACAUCAACGCUGCUUUACUUUCUGCCGCCCAGCUGGUCAACCCCUCCCCCUCGAGCUCCUCCCCCAUCCGCUCCUCCUCCUCUGCCUCUCACCGGGUGCCAUUGAUCAUCUUCCUGACGGACGGGGAAGCCACCAUCGGCGUGACGUCCGGGGAUGCCAUUCUCACCAACGCCAAGAGCGCCCUGGGCUCCGCCUCCCUGUUCGGCAUCGCCUUCGGGGACGACGCCGACUUCCCGUUGCUCCGGCGCCUGGCAAUGGACAACCGCGGCGUGGCCAGGAUGGUGUACGAGGACGCGGACGCCGCGCUGCAGCUGAAGGGCUUCUACGAUGAAGUGGCCAGCCCCCUUCUGUCCGACAUCCAGCUCUCCUACCUGGACGACCAGGCCUUCGAUGUCACCCAGUCCCUCUUCCCUAACUACUUCCAGGGCUCGGAGCUGGUGGUCACCGGGAAGGUGAAGCCCGGGGUCAGGGACCUGAAGGUGUUUCUGACGGCUGUGGACUCCAAGCAGAACUUGAAGGCGGAGAACGAUGUGUUGAAGAUGGGGGUGAACGGGACGGCGUUCGUGGGCUGCCCCGGAGGGACGGAGGGGAUCUCCAGCUUUGUGCGACGACUCUGGGCCUAUUUCACGAUCAAAGAGCUGCUGCUGGCCAAACUGAACAGCACAGAUCCCACCACCCAGAGACUGCUGGCUGACAAGGCCACCAAUCUCUCCCUCAAGUACAACUUUGUUACACCUGUCACCUCGCUUGUGGUCGUCAAACCUGAUGCUGACGAACUGCCUCCCACUCCCACCACUGUUCCAACGACCACAACCGCGACGACGACUACUACUACACCUACUACGACAACUUCUACUACUACUACCACUGUCACUACCACUACUACUACUGUAACCUCUCACACGCCUGUCUCCAAAACAUCUGCGCCCAUUGCUGUAAAGAAGUCCAGAUCAAACAACCCUAAAACUAACCCUCAGGUCAUUAAGCCUCGACCCCCUAAGCCCCCACCUGGCCGCCCCUUAAACACCCCUCCGUCAAAAAAGACCUCCACCCCUCCCAAUCCGCCCAAAACUGUCGCUCCUCCAUCUGUCAAGAAAAUCACUACCACUCCCAGCCCAGGUGGUGUUAAAACGGCGCCCUCCCCACUCUCUGGUAAAACUCCCCCCCCCCCCCCCAGCACCCCUAAAACUGCUCCUGCCCCUCCGGCUGGGAAAAUCACCAUCCCGCUGGUCAACUCUCUUAAGACUGCCCUUCCACCUGCCCCAGGAAGGAGAUCCACCCCACAGCCCAGCACAGCCCAGACAGUCCCCCCCACAAUGAAGACCUCCACCCCCCAGCCCAGCACAGCCCAGACAGUCCCCCCCACAAUAAAGACCUCCACCCCACAGCCCAGCACAGCCCAGACAGUCCCCCCCACAAUAAAGACCUCCACCUCUCCCACAAGCACCGCCAGAACAGACACAGCACCCCAGACUGGGAGGCUGGCGACACCCCAGCCCAGCGCUGUCAGGACCAUCUUUCCUCCUGUCAGAGUCUCCUUCCCUUACUCAGAGACAGAGAACCACACCAUGUCCACUAGCGAUGGCCACCAGCCUCAGGUCACUACCCUGCAGCAUGACCUGACACCCACCACCACUCCUCCUCCCCUCACCCCAGCAGCAGCUUCCCAGGACACAGACUCAGACCCAGACCUGACCAUAGCCACCCUGGUGUCCGCUACCUUUGCCCCAAUGCCUGGCUACACCGAUGGGCCAAAACUAUGGGAGGCUGCAGGCCUGCUUGAUGUCUCUACUUCCAUUCAGAUUCAGAGAAAAGACAUAGAUCUUGUGAAAGAUUAUGACGCAACCUAUGAUUUUGACUACGACCUCAACUACGAGUCCUGGGAUGAUGCAGCAACAUUUGACCCCCCCACCAGACUCAGCUCAGUGAGAGUUUUCUCCUCUUCUGUUGACGGAGACCCUCACUUUGUGGUCCAGCUCCCCAAGGUGCAUCAGCAUCUGUGUUUCACCGUGGACGGCAGGGCCAAUGAUGUCCUGAGACUACUGGAGGAUGCAGAGAAAGGCAUCUUGGUGGAUGGCCAUCUAAUAGGAGCGCCCUCUAAGCAUGGCGUUGAAGACCGUUCCCGCACCUACUUUGACCAGCUCACUAUUUCCUCUGCCAUGGGCGGUCCUGAUGGCAUCGUCAUCACGCUGUCAUUGGACAUUGUGGUCGUGGAGGGGGAAGGGAGGAACGUGCUUCCCACCGACAAGCAGGGCUCAGUGAUGAGGCAGGGCAUCAAGGUUGCUAUAGACAAUCAUGGGAGCUGCUGGAUAGAGCUGGGCAAGGACGUGCGUUUCCUGGUUCUCUUCCACCACUACCAACACCCCAGCUACCUGCAGCUGGCUCAUCUCGGCUUCUACAUCACUGAUGGGCAUGGGCUCUCGUCCUCAACUCAAGGCCUGUUAGGCCAGUUCCAGCAUGCUGACAUGAGUGUGUCUGCGCUGACAGAGUCCCAGGAUGGGCCCUCUGGCGUCCAGCCCGGUAAAGAGGGGGUCCUGGCUAAGGGGUUUCUGAGGUGGGGGGAUAUGAAGAUGCCAGUCACUCUACAGGACAAGACCCUGAAGGAUACGAUGAUAAGGCACCACCUGGGUAGGUGCUGGGUGGUGCCCAAGGCAGAGGUACAGAGGCUGCUGGGCCAGCCAUACCAGAGCUACGUGGUGGAUCACUCAUAAACACUCCACUCCAUCCCCUUUCAACUCUGGGCAGCUCAGGCUAUGGGAAAGGCCUUCCAGGACAAGCCAGCUCUGGGACUUGAGUCCAGGGUACACGGUGUAUUCAGUUUUCCAUGCUAAUGAUCCUCAUAUUGGGUAAUGUGAUGUCACAGCGCAGCAGUGCCUUAAAAACAAGACCAAUGACCAAAUGAUUCUUCUGUUCAUAUGGCAACAGAAAUUAAGAACCAUUUUAUUCCUCAGCAAUCACUCCAGGUUUAGCACAUUUCUGUCACUCUUAAAAUGGAUGUUUCUCAAGUGGUUUUUAUUCUAUAUCUGAUAUCUUAAUGAUAGUUGACAUUAUGGAAAUGUUAUUUUUUGAAAGAUUCCGAGUUGUAUUUUUUGUUUAAGUUUAAGUUAAAGUAAGUGUGUAUAUACUGUAUGUAUGUUCCAUAAAAUAUUACCUAUAUAAAUAUUUUUGUUUUUGGGAUACUUGGACAAGUGUAUCAUUUUACACACUCAGACACAGAGAGGCGCUGUCAGACUUUUCAGGUUUGCCAUGUGCUUUUUAUUUUUCUAUCUUUUUUAUCUUUCGUUCAUAGUUUAAUUCAUUUUAUUUGUUACACAAGACAUUAGGCAUUGUUCACAUACUAGUGAUCAAACAAGGACUGUGAGUUGUCUACUGCUCAGUCUGAACUAUCACUUUUGUCAAUUUCAAGGGAUGUUGUCAAUAGUGGGUUUUACGUAAAAGGCCAAACUUGAUGGAAAAUGGUACCACCACACUUUUAGGAUUUUCUUUAAAUAAAUAAAAAGAUGAGACAGCAUCUAUUGGUGAAAAAAGGGUCAACUCUUUUUAUGACUACACUGAGAGAAACUCCCACAUUAUUCCAGUUCAGCCAACAUGAUUCCAGGAUGAAGACCAUGCUAUAUUUAAAAGUGCUCAGUUUGAAACUGCAGAGAUUCCUGUGAAGGUUGGUGAUUCAAUUACUUGCUAUCCUUCAAUCAAAACCUGUUUGUUAAAGACGGUUAAUCAUAUCAAACCAAUGAAACACUGGGGUGAUCACAAACAUAGGCCAAACAUAACAUAUGACACAGCAAAUAACAAACUAAAACAAUGAUGUGGGUAUGGAUCACUUUGAGAUCAGUUGAGUUGUAUCAGUAAGAGAACAAACUAAUAGCAUAGCAUAUUCAGCAUUUUCACCUUUCACCAUUAACUUCAGUGGAAACAAAUAAAUAAUACCAUUACAAUAAGACACAUAAAAACCCCAAACGUGAGUUAAUAACUUAGUUUAGAGUCAUUGAGGGAGUGCUGAAGGGCACGGUCAUAUAAGAGGAGUAUAGUGCCAACUCAACCUUGGUUAAUGUGUUAUGGGUAAGGGUGUAGCAUCUCAUCUGUCUUCCACUGAUAUGUACAGUAACUCACUGAUUCACUAACUAGGCUUCAGACCGCUCUUUAAACCUGAAGUAUGUAAACACAGAGGGGUAAAACACAACUGCCAAGCAGGAGAACUCAAAACACAAUGGAGGUCGCCAUAUAUGACACUGUUUGUAGUGCCAACUGCAGAGACAAGACCACUGAACUAGACUUCCUGUGUGGGGGGGUAAAAAGACUGCUUCAAGCUGUCCAUCUCACAACAGACUACCCUCGUCAUAACAGUCAGUGGUGCAGUGGCCUCUGCCUUCUUUUAAUGUACUGGUCCAAUCUUGAGAGAUUCAAAAAAUAUUGGAUAAGACCCCAAAUUAAGGCUAAAACCAAGUAAAACAUAUUGGUUCAUUCUUGUGGGGUGGCACUUUUAAACCAUGGCUCAGGACUUUUAUGCUACAGAGUACUACUUUGGGAGUGUCCAGCGUUCCCUGCUGUCUACUCUAAGGGUUAUCACAGGGUUUAGUUUAUUGGGGGAUUGAUCUACUUCGGUGACAUACACAAGCAUUCCAACAACCUAGACAUGAUCUGGUGCUUUCACUACAAGCCGAAAAUUCAGUCUUCCUUCUUCA